AUGGCGCUUGUCAGUGGCCGUAUUACAAAUGUGCUGCUUGUUUAUCCGCCGAACUCUGAGGAGUUCAGAAACAAGGCCUACGAGAAUGUAUACAUUUUCCUCGGAAUCGGCGUCUUUAUUCUCAUCACAAACUUCAUACAGUUUAUGUGUUUCCACAGCUGCUGUGUUCGUGUGAUGGCCAAAAUGCGUCACGAGUAUGUUUGGGCGAUACUUCGUCAGAAUGCAGGCUGGUUCGAUAGGAAUCACUCAGGAACCUUGACGACAAAGUUGAACGAGUAA